AUGAAGAUUAGGGUUUUUAAGUGUGGAGGCUUUGUACCACAAUCGAAUCAAGGUCAGAAAAACUUCCGCAUGCCUAAUAACAAUGAUAAUUGUGGGAGAAGGUUUAGAAAGCAGCCACAGAAUGAGCCGAGUUCGAGGUGCGGGAGUUAUCAUCCUGGAGUUCUUUGCAGAGUUGGAUUAGGUGUGUGCUACUUUUGUGGACGAGCUGGGCAUAUGGCCUGGAAUUGUUCGGAGAAGAAAAAGUAUGAAGCUGGGAGAGCCCAACAACCAGGACGAGUGUUCACUACAUCUGCUGUAGGUGCCGAGGGAUCCGAGACACUGAUUAGAGGUAAAUGUGAAAUAGCUGGUAAAAUUUUAAAUGCUUUAUUUGAUUUUGGAGUGACACAUUCGUUCAUAGUAUUCGAGAAGGCUAGUAAGUUAGGAUUGAGGAUGAUUAUGUUGGAUUAUGAUUUGAAAGUUCAUAAUGCUACUUUUGAAGCUGUUGUGACUAGAUUAGGUUGUCCACAAGUUUCGUUACGAGUUAAACAGCGAGAUUUUGUCUAUGAUCUAAUUUGUUUGCCGAUGAUUGGUCUUGAUCUCAUCUUGGAAUUGGAUUAG